UUGAGAAAAGAAAAGCACAAAAAAACAAUGGAAAAAAAGAGCAAAAAUUCAGGUAAAUUCAGUACAACAAGCAACUACAGUCACAAGCCCGAGAACAGUGUGCAGCGACGCCUGAAGCGUCCCGAUCAGGCAUUUUAUAGCGGCGGAGGGGGAAAUAGCAGUGCAAAUAAUGGGGCCAUCAGCAGUAACACGAACAGUGCAAAUGUCACAUCGUCGCCCACAAAUAACACAUUUACGUCCGAUGCGGGACCACACACGGCGCGCGGCGAUUCCGGAGGCGGAAAUUUUCGACGCGACAAAAAACCUCCGCUCGCCGUAACAAAUUCCAUCGGCAGCAGCAACAACAACAAUCCGCAAUUGCCUCCGAACUGCCCGUCGAACAUCGAGAGUAUGCCGCCGCGUUUCCAGCGAAAAUGGCUUCAGGAGAACAAUUUGCCGCUCGAUUUCUUCGAAAAUCAGCAAAAUCAGCAACAAUCGCCCGCAAAUCGCACCCAAACGUUGCCCAAUAAGGGAAAUCGCGGAAAUCGGAACAACUUUUACGGCUCGAGCAACGCGAAUAAUUACGGAAAUAAUGGAAAAAGUGGCGGCGGAAGUCACGGAAGACCUUUGAGAUCGCCGAUGCGAAGUCGAAGUCGUUCCUCGGAUCAACGCGGAUCGCGUCACAGUAGUCGAAAUAGCAGCUUGGAACGCAGCUCGGGCAACGGGACUCGCAUUUUCAGCAAUAGCAACAACAAACCCGACUACGAACGACGUCACGGAACACGAAGUCCCGAUUAUCCACGAGGCGGCGGCGGCGGAAGAGGCGACAAUAACAAAAAUUACGGAAACAAAGGCUGGAAACAGAAUUACAACAACUACAAAGCGCAAAACACAAAUAUGCCGGGCGAACAACAAACCAACGAAGGACGACGUGAUAUUGCGGAUUUGCCACCCAGAGGAAAAGAUUCUGUGAUAUUCGACUGGUCAUUAGAAGUAGAGGAAGACGAAAAACGUAAACGCAAUGAAAAUUUAUAUCAUGGACGACGCUCCAAUAGAAGUCACUCUCGUUCCAACAUGGAUCGCAACCCACCCCAAUCUUCCGACUUUGAUCAUUUCAAGGUCCCUUACAACCCCGUGCGUUCUCGCAGUCGCAAAAACAGUCGUUCCUCCUCGACUGUCAACAGUCGCGAGAACAGCAACGAUCGCGGAGGCGCCUACAACCGCUUCUCAUCUAGUCGUGAAAACAGCUCGGAACGCUUUCAACGCGACCCAACGAAUUGGCGAACGCCCUUGGGAGGCAAAUCUGACGUCAGCGAUGCCACAAAAAUUGCCGAAAUGACGAAACAAUUUGUGGAUGCGGUCGAUCUGAAAAAGGAACGAAACUCUUCCAGCGGAAUUAUUGUGCUUCCGAACUCAACGAUGCUCGUGAAAGAAGCCGAACGGGAACGCACAACGUCGAGUGUCAACAAGAGACUCUUGAAUGGCGGCAAUGCGGAAAAUUUGGUUCAACGCACGCUUUUUGAUCCGAAAAAUCCGGAAAAGCCGAUAAUUGUGACGCGUCCUCAAAGUGCGACAAAUCGAUCGGUGCCCACGGAUAAUUUGCUGGAUUACAAAAAUUUCUCCGCAAACAGCGACAAACGUAAAAAUCGAACUUCCAUUUCGGCGGAAAUUCCUCCGGGCACGCAUCCAACGUGGUAUGACCCCAAUUCGGAGGCGUACAAAAAAAUCCAUAAUGCUCAAUUAAUCGAAAAUUUGCGGGAAAUUGACUUCGAUCUCAUGCGAAUUGUGGACAGCAAGGAGCUGUUCCGGGUAAGUCAAGAAUGGCAGAGAUACAACGACAUCCGAGCCGGAGGUCAACAAUGUCUUAUCGAGUUCUUGCGACACGACAUUAAAUUCUGCGAGAUCGAAAACGUGGAGCAACAUUGUUGGAAAAUGCUUUUUUACAACAUAAUUGAGCUCCUGAGACGUCCUUUGGGUGAAAAUAUUGACGAAGAAUCGAAAAAAUUCUACAAAACGAAACUCAUGGAAAUUAUUGACCCGGGAGUGAAAUAUUGGGAGCAAAUAAUUCCCGUUCUCGAAGCACGUUACAAUUUUAAACUCGAUGAAUUUGUGGGAGCGAACGCAUUGGCGAGGAUGUAUCAACCACUCGUUGCGGCAGAAGACCAAAAAUUCGUGAAACUUGCGCUUGUGGCGACGCAAAAAGUGCUGAUUUACUUGGGAGACUUGGCACGAUAUAAAGAACUCGUGAAUGAGUCGAGCAAUUUUUCGAAAGCUAAACAAUGGUACACGAAGGCACAACAAGUGCUGCCUAAAAAUGGGAGACCUUACAAUCAACUUGCCUUACUUUCGGUUUAUUCGAAACGCAAAAUCGAUGCCGUUUACUUCUACAUGCGAAGCCUUAUGUCCUCAAAUCCAUUUCAGUCGGCACGUGAAAGUUUGAUCGCCUUAUUCGACGAGACGCGCAAAAAGUACGAAAACAGUCAAAAGCGUCGCGACGAGAAAAACCGCGCUCGCCUCAAGGAGAAAGAACAUCGGUUCGACGGCGGUUCAUUACGUCGCGAAAAUUGGAUUCACCCGGAGGGCGGAAGUCGAAUGCGACGCUUUGCUCCGCUCGAUCCGAUGGCAGGUCAGGGCAACGAAUCCAGCGACGACGACGAUCUCAGCCAACUCGAUGCCUUGGAGGUGAACAAACGCUUUAUUACGAGUUUUCUUCACAUUCAGGGAAAAUUGAUAACAAAAAUCGGCAUGGAAUCUUUUGUGCAAUGCGCGAUACAAAUGCUCCGGGAAUUUCGUGCGUUAAUCCAGAAUUCACCGAUCGCCAUUACGUGUCAUCGUCUAUUACAAUUGAUUGCACUUAAUAUGUUUGCGAUUGAUUGUUCGCAACUUAAAGACACAAAAAUCGCAGGAGGAGCUCGUUCGGAGGUGCAAGAAUGCGCAAUUACCAUUGGACUUCUCAUGUUCGGCAUAAUUCUCGAAAGAUUCCUCGCUGUCGUGCAAGAAGCCAUCCAGCAGCAGCAAAAAACGCAAGAAAGCGACAACAAUCCCUCCCUCAAUGACACACGAAAAUCAAUAUUGCCAGAAGAUGCAAAAGUCAUGUUGCCCGCUAUCAAGGUUUGGUGCGAUUGGAUGACACGACAACAAAAUAUUUGGAAUCCGCCGCCUUCCUUCAACGACUAUGCUAAAGUUGCUGCCGAACCGUUUUGGACAAAUUUGGCAGCUGUCAUCACACUGUUAGAUAAUAAUGAGUUCAUGAGCAACGAAUUUAGCACGGAGCCUCGCGAAGGAUUCGAUUUGGUGAAAUUGCAUGAAGAUUUCACGUUUGCUGGAUUCACGCCUUUAUUAGAUGUUAAGUUGGAGCCGAUUUAUGUGAAACAGGGAGGCGAUGUUGAAGUCGCUGAGAACGAAGUACGCUUGCAAAAAAUCCUGAAUUUCGGUAAAAAUGUGCUGUGUUUAUGUUCGCCCGCUGUCCUCGAAAGACGUACCCUCGACAAUGGCAGCUCCGAAUACGUCAGUGUCGUGCAAAAUAUCGCCGACGAGCCAAGUGAUUCUGAAAUACUCAUCGAGUGCAUAAGUGACGAAGAAGACAACGCAAAAGAAGACGAUUUACUGCCAAGUACGACGUUACUUCGAGCUCUCGGCGGCAACAAUAGAAAAUCUCAAGACAAUAGUUGUGAUGAUGCGCCUAAUUGUGCGAACGACGACGAUGCCGCGGAGCACGAUGAGACGCCAAACAGUAACGCCAAAAAUGAGAAUAAUAAUGAGACGAUAAAUAAUAACGACAAUGCAGCUGCAGCUGAAAUUAGAAGACUGCUACGACGCAAAGAUGAAUUGCUGAGAAAACAACGAAUGCAGGAAAAAUAUAAUGAACGACUGCAGGAUAUUUUGCGACAAAGUACGGUUGCGCUAUGCAUGGAAGUACGACCACGAUUUCUCGUGCCUGAUACAAAUUGCUUCGUUGAUUACUUGCCACGAUUGAAAGCCAUCGGAGAUGCGUAUCCUUUGUAUCAGUUGAUGAUACCGUUAGUUGUAAUAAGUGAACUCGAAGGACUGUCAAAGGGAUUUAAGCCGCCAUCAAUUACAACGAACGACGUUCAGUCACUCGGCGUCGUUCCAAUAAAUGUAAAUAACUAUGGUCGAACGGAAGAGCAUGCGAAAAAAGUUGCUGCUGCUUCAAAAGAGGCUUUAGAGUACUUAAAAUCAAAACCGCCAGCUGUUAAACUUGUAACGACCAAAGGUCAUCAAAUCAAGACAUUUAUCUCCUCGGAAGACGACAGUUCCGAGCCAAAAACCAACGACGACAAAAUCUUAGAUACCGCCUUAAAUCUCUGCAAACCAAAUGCUGAAAAACGAAUUGGUGAUACGCGUUACAUUAGCCGUGAAGUAGUUCUCAUAACGAAAGACCGCAAUUUACGCGUGAAAGCUCUCACGAACGAUUUGCCCGUGCGAGAGCUUCUUGACUUUGUGAAAUGGGCAGGACUGGGUAGCUAAAGCCAUUUUUUUUUACUUCUUUUUGUGAAUAUUUUAUACAUAAUUGUUUUAAUUUUUUUUUUACCACAUUUUCACAUUUGCUAAUUUUUUUUAUACGAAAUGUUUAUAUUUAAGAACCAACCUUUUACUAAUGAAUGUUUUUACUAUUUGAUUCUUCCGUUACAUAAAAAAAAAUUAUUUUAUACAAAGAAACACUUAAAAACGAAGAAAUUACCAUUCCCAAGAAGAAACAAGAUAGAAAGAAGAGGAAAAAUCCUUCGCGCAUUUCAAAACUAAAAAAAAAUCUCAAUCGAGGUCAAGAGCAAGUGUGGCCACGAUAAGCUUACAAAAUUGAUAAUUCGCAAAAGAAGAACAACAUUGUUUCUUUAUUGUUAUUGUUAUGAUGAUUGAACUCCGUUUUCAUUAAAGACUCGAAAGAUGAUGAGUAAUUUAAAGAUGAAAAAAAAACUAUAGAAGAAAAAAAGUGAAGGAAUUUGUUUGCUCAUCAAUAUCAUAAUAUUUAAUAAUGUUUACACGGCAAAACGGCAAAACCGAAUAAUCAGAUACUAAAAACACUUUGACUCUACGACGAUAUAAUAAAUUGAUAUAGAAAAAUCCGAGUAGUUGUAAUGAUACAAAAUUGCGUUCUUUUUUUAGUCAUUAUUACUACAUGAAAAUAAUUACAAAAGCAACACUACGAAACAUAUUCUCAAUAAUAUGCAAAAAACUAGUUUUUUAUAUCAGUUAAAGCAAAAUCACAAAAAUUGCCUUUUUUACGUUUUUUUUUGUAAGUUUUUACGUUUUUUUUUUGUUAUAAUAAUUGUAAACUUGGACCAAAUCCAUGCAUCUUUUUUUUCUUUUGUAUAAAAAAAAUAUUAUUAAUAAACUUUAAAUAAAUAUGUUAUUUUAAUGAAUAUAUUGCAAUAUAUUUUAUAAAUAAUAAAAUACACGAUAAAUAAUAAUAAAACACACACUACUUAAACAAAACAAAUAAUAAAUAAAUGAUUGCCUCACAAAUAAACAAAAAAUAACCAAUAACACUCACAACAUUACAACUCGUGUACCUCAUACACUUGUGCUACUAGUUGAACCCUUGAGGGAAUUUAUUAAAGGAAAAAAAAACUCAAAUAUUGUUCAAAAUAAAAAAUACUAUAUAGGAAUAGAAAAUAUAUAUAUCCAAGUAACGUUUAUAUUAUUACUACCGACUAUAUUUUAGCAAAAAAAAAAAAUUAUUGAG